CACUCCUUUAUUAUUACCUAUGGGCCAGUGACUGCUCCUUCUGUGGUGCGACGACCUGGAGAUUAUUUACCCUAUGGGCGACGACCAGCACAGCCACCAUUUCAAGCAGAAAGACAAUCCCCCACGACCCGCGAUUCCAUCUGGCCGACGUAAUUUUCACCCUCACGACCAUCCAGAUCAGGGUAGGGCUACUAAUGCCGCCGGCCGCGACUUAGCAGAGCCGGGCAAUAUUAGACGCUGCGAAAAAAACAAUGCGCGCUUCGUCCAAGAAGAGCACGAUGUCCC